AUGGAUAAAUUCUUAAGUAAAAAUUUAUAUAUAGACGGUUGAAAGUUUUAAAGUUCAACAAAUAUAAUCAAUCAAUAUAGGAUAGACAACUUUCGUCAAAAGGAAAAUAUUAACUUAUAUUUAAAUUUAGAUUAAAUAUAGUACUUUUAGUGGAAGCGUUCAAAUGAAAAUGAGACUCGAUAAAUUGUAAAAUGGAUAGGAUGGUGGAAUGGUAGAUUAACAAAUCUUGGAGGGAAGUGUGAUGAAUUUGGUUACAAAAUUGGAGGAUGGAUAGAACCCUGUGACACCUAUUGUAGGUAAAUUUAUUUUAUUUAAAUGUAGUCAGUAUUAAAUAACCAUUUCUGGAACUUAUGAAAAAAAGGGAUAGAGAAUAGGCUAAUGGAUCUAUUGGUAUGAAUAAGAGAGAAUGUAACUAUCUUUAUAAUCUUUAGAGGAGGUGGUCAUUAUGAUGAAAUUGGAAGAAAAACUGGGGAAUGGUGCGAAAUUCACAGAAGCUAUGAUCAACAGUAAGUAAUUUACUAAUAAUUAAGUCAUAAAGUGAUAAUAAUUGGUGAGUAUAAUAAGGGGUUGAAAAAAGGAAAAUGGUUAGUGUUGGAUGAUAAUCAUAUAAUGUAUAUAUUCAAAUUAUUAUAAUAAGCGGAGAGGGAUUUUAUAAUGAAAAUGGUCAGAAGAUAGGGAAAUGGACUGGAGUAUCUGAAAGUUUCUAAUAGUAAAAUUACUAUAAAUCUAAUUUAUUAAUUAGUUAUAUGUAAUUAAUAUUUGAUGGCGAGUACAAAAAUGGUUUAAGAAUUGGAAAAUGGUUAACAUUUUAUAUGGGGAAAACUGUUUGUAGUUAAUACACAAAAUAAAAUUAAAAUGUUAUGUAUAAUUUUUUGUAGACAUUUAUUAGAGGAGGUGGAUUUUAUAAUCAAUUUGGGUUAAAAGAGGGGCUUUGGGUGGAGUUUUUUGAGGGAGGAUAUAAAUAGUAUUCUUUUCGCUCUAAUUUAGUCGUGCUUCAUUUACAAUAGCUGGUGAAUAUAAAAAUGGUUUAAAAAAUGGGUAUUGGGUAAUCAUAUAGUUUAAGGAUGACUAACAAAAUAUUGUGUAAAUAUUUAAAUUGAAAAUUUAAUUUAAAUAGAGGAGGAGGCUAUUAUGGCGAGAAAGGUAAGAAAUUUGGCAAAUGGAUUGAAAUUACAGAAAACGGCAAUUUUAGUUUGAUACCUUAAGUUGGAGUAUACAGAUAAGGAGUUAAAUUUGGAUAAUUUGAUACCUUUUUUCUAAUGAUUAAUAAAAAAAUGUUAAAAUAAAUAUUUAACUUAGUGGAGGAGGCCGUUAUAAUGAAAUAGGUUUAAAAUCUGGAAAUUGGAUAGAAUAACAUGAUUAAAAUGCUGAAUAUAAAAUGUAAAUUAUUAAAAGAUUUAACAUUAGAAUAACCCAUAAUGGAGAAUAUAAAUAGGGUAAAAAAAUAGGAUAUUGGGGGACUACAAUAAAUGAUCACGAGUAGAUUGAGAAAAUGUAAGGUGAAAAUAUUUAAAAUUUUUAAGUCGAGGUGGAUUCUACAACAAUUAAGGAUAAAAAAUCGGACAAUGGAUUGAUUUAGUAAAUGAAAAUAACGAUGAACUAAGUUAUGUAACUUUAUAUAACUAGUGUUAAUAAUUGGAUGUUAUAAAGAUGAAGAAAAGAAUGGCUAGUUUGACACAUUUAUUAAGUCAAAAAAUUCAACUAAAACUCAGAAGAUGUAAAUCAUCAAUAUGUAUAAAAAGUGGAGGUGGUUAUUAUAAUAAGGGUAAUAAAGUUGGAAAAUGGAUUGAAAUAAGAGAAACAUAGAGAAAGUAAAGAUAUUCUAUUAAUUGGAAUAGUUUAGAUUAAAUUCAUGUUGGAAGAUAUAGUGAAGGAACAAAUAUCGGAAUAUGGGAAACAUAAAGUAAUUACUUAAAAGCUCGUUAAAUCAUGUAUUUGAUUAAUAAUAAACUUUAAGUGGUUUUGGAUAUUAUAAUAAAUUUGGGAUUAAAGAAGGGAAAUGGAUAGAACCUUGUAGAUUUUCUUAUAGGUAUUUCUUAGUCAUUUAAAAAAAUAGAAUAAGAUUAGUCUAUAUGGGGUAAUAUAGUAAAGGUAUAAAAAUUGGAAGUUGGCAAUUCCAGUUUCAACAUUCAAAUGGGGAAAUUAUCAUAAUGUAAAAAAAUAGUGAAAAGUUUUAGGGACUCGGGGAAUUAUAAAGAUGGUAUUAAAAUGGAAAAUGGAAUGAAAUAGCACAAAGUUAUGGAACAGGACGAUAGAUUACCAAUCAAGGAUAUUACAACAAUGGCACUAAAGUUGGUAUUUGGGAAAACCUAGUUUUUUUGA